UCAUUGUUGUGACUCGGUCCCACCAAACUCAGCUCGACCCGUUUUUCAUGGGCUUGGCCCGAAUUUGCCCCGUAAACUAGACCCGAUGGGAAACACAAAAGGGAGAGUUAAAAACCCUAAUCCCAGAUUCCCAAUUGCUCCCAACGCCGCUUCAUCCUCACUUACACCUGCCAUAUCAUAAUCGAGUACAGCCAAAGAUGAGUCGGGGAAGCGCAGCGGGAGCGAAGGGGAAGAAGAAGGGAGCGACCUUCACGAUCGACUGCGGGAAGCCGGUGGAGGAUAAGAUCAUGGACAUUGCUUCGCUGGAGAAGUUUCUCCAGGAGAGGAUUAAAGUAGGCGGCAAGGCCGGUGCUCUUGGUGACACCGUUACCGUCACCCGUGAGAAAAGCAAGAUCACCGUCACUUCUGAGAGCAACUUCUCCAAGAGGUAUUUGAAGUAUUUGACAAAAAAAUACUUGAAGAAACACAACGUCCGCGACUGGCUUCGUGUAAUUGCAUCCAACAAGGACCGAAAUGUUUAUGAGCUUAGGUACUUCAACAUUGCAGAGAAUGAGGGGGAGGAGGAGGAUUAAACAUUUGAUCUACAUUAUUCAUCUAUAAACACCUUCUUUCACCUUGCUUCCUUGGA